AGCGAGGGAGCGACAGACGGACAGACAGAGAGAGACGAGAGCACUUGAGCUGGAGCCGUGUGGGAAAAUAUCGAGCGACUCGAGCUUAACCUGAGACCUGGGAUCUCAACACUCGGGUCCAGCUGUGGAUGUCCAACAUCUUUUGCUUCUGGACUUAGUUCAAACUUUUAGAAGAGGCACAGCCCUGAGAGAAGUAUUUAUUUCCGUUAUAGUAAAGAAGGGUUCGUUGAAAGAGAAUUUUUGAUUAGAAUUGGAGCGUUACACCUUCUACAUGGAAUUACCGGCUCUGCUUUUAGUGGCGGUGCUCCUGUCGCUCGGCACCAGCACUAAACUCAACGUGCCGCGCCUUCGCCUGUUGUACAAAGAUCUGUUGGCCACGAACCGUACCUCCAUUUUCAGUGGUUUCAAUGGAGAUCUGCACUUGUCUGCUGUGUUUUUGGAUGAAUAUCAUGACAGGCUUUUCCUGGGAGGAAAAGAUGUUCUCUACUCGCUGAGACUGGAUCAUGAACAUGAUGCUAAAGAGAUCCACUGGCCUUCAUUGCCUGGGAAUCUUGAGGACUGUAUUCUCAAAGGGAAAGAUCCCGAGAUGGAGUGUGCAAACUUUGUGCGGUUGCUGCAGCCAUUUAACCGCACUCAUCUACUGGCCUGUGGAACCGGAGCUUUCCAGCCCAUGUGUGCAUAUGUGAACGUCGGACACCGUGGAGAGCACGUGUUCAGUUUGGAUAAUACGACAGUACAGAAUGGGAGGGGGAAAUGUCCCCAUGACCCCAAACUACCCUUCGCAAGCACCUUCACAGGUGGAGAGCUGUAUACCGGUCUGACUGCAGAUUUUUUGGGGAGAGACUCUUUGAUUUUUAGAGGUUUAGGGGCUCGCUCGCCUAUGAGAACAGAGACAGAUCAGAAAAUCCUACAUGAGCCCAGGUUUAUCGCGGCCCACCUCAUUCCUGACAGUGCAGACAGAGAUGAUGAUAAAAUUUAUUUCUUCUUCACUGAGAGAGCGACAGAGAGCACAGAGCGAGAUGAUGAAGGAGCCAUACACACACGCAUUGGACGAGUGUGUGCGAAUGAUGUGGGUGGGCAGAGGGUUCUUGUGCAUAAGUGGAGCACAUUUAUUAAAGCCCGACUGGUGUGUUCUGUUCCUGGACCUCACGGCAUCCAAACACACUUUCACCAGCUGGAGGAUGUGUUUCUGUUAAGGACCAAAGACGAAACCAAUCCUGAAAUCUACGCAAUAUUCAGCACCAUCAGUAAUGUGUUUCAGGGCUAUGCAGUGUGUGUGUACAACAUGGCUGAUAUCCGUGAGGCAUUUAAUGGUCCGUUUGCUCAUAAAGAAGGGCCAGACUACCAGUGGGGACCUUACGAAAGACGUGUUCCUUACCCACGUCCAGGAGUGUGCCCCAGUAAGAUCACGGCCCAGCCUGGUCGUGCCUUCCGUAGCACACUGGAGUUUCCAGACACUGUUCUGCAAUUUGCACGAACACACCCACUGAUGUGGCGCCCCAUUUACCCAUCACAGCGGCAACCACUGCUGCUCCGCACUGGCGCUCCGUACAGGCUCACCCAAAUCACUGUAGACCGCACACAGGCAGAGGACGGAUACUAUGAUGUCUUGUUUAUCGGCACGGAUAUCGGGACUGUGCUAAAGGUCAUCGUACUUGCCAAUGAGGAGAUCACACUGGAGGAAAUGCAGGUGUUCAAGGUACCCACUCCCAUAACCUCCAUGGACAUAUCUGUGAAAAGGCAAACUCUGUUCAUAGGUUCACAGACAGGUGUUGUCCAGGUGCCUCUGCACCGCUGCAGUAUGUACGGCAAAGCUUGUGCCGAGUGCUGCCUGGCUCGAGAUCCGUACUGCGCCUGGGACGGACACACCUGCACACGCUACCUGCCAAACACAAAACGGCGCUACCGAAGACAGGACAUCAAACAUGGAAACCCAGCAGUGCAGUGCAUGGACCAAAACCUCAGCGUAGAGGAUCUGGAUCUGACUGAAGAACGGGUCGUUUAUGGCACUGAAAACAACAGCACCUUCCUGGAGUGCAUCCCUCGAUCGCCACAGGCCACUGUCACAUGGCAUAUUCAGAGAGAUGACUACCUAGAGGAGGUGUUGCUAGAUGAACGUGUCAUUAAGACAGAUGACGGUUUGUUGUUCCGCCGUGUGCUCCGUCAGGACGAAGGCAUCUACGUUUGUCGAUCCCGGGAACACGGAUUCACGCAAACCCUCUCACGCUUCUGGCUGGACGUCUUACACGCAGACACCCUUUCAGACCUCCUGUCACGUGACAGCAAAUAUAAAGUAUGGUCACCGUGUGCUGCCAACACAGCCUCUGUCAAUCGUGGCCCGGCCAGGGCUUGGUUCAAGGACGUCAUACAGCUGAUUGGUCCUUCAAACCUGCCUCAGGUGGAGCAGUACUGCGAACGUGUUUGGUGUAAUGAGAAGCUGAGACGCAAACACAAAAGCAUGAUGGACAAAUAUCGGCAAGCUCAAGACUCUGCGCGGAGAGCUCGAGUCCAGAAGAGCACGGGAGAAUCCAGAAUCCGCUCUCCACGGGACCUCCACACAAAAGAGUAAAACAGACCCACAUGAAGCAAAAUGGACUUCUAAUGGAAAGUGGGUGUGAUUUUUAGAAGCUCUCAUACACACACACACACACACACACACAUAAAUGUGUUUUCGUUUGUGGUGUUGUAAAAUAUUGUAGGUUUGUGUCCUCUCUGUGUUAAUUAGGACAUUCUUGAGCGUCCUCUCCAAAACUUCCUGUGACCAUGGCAGCCGGCCCUCAUCGCCUCACAGUAGACCGUGGCUAAUGUUAUAUGUCUCACUUAAAAACUCAGCAGCUGCAAAACCUUUUUACUGGAACAAAUGAGGGUAGACAGGAUGGAACUAGUAGACUGGAGUGCUGCCCCUGCUAUAACAGGUGCCAAAAAACAUACAUUCGUUUAAGAUAUGUCUGGCUGUGAUACAACUGGGCAUAAUGCUCAGAGACUUUUCCCCAACUGAGAACUAUGGCAGCGUUCAACAAAACUCAGCCUGCCAGUGCAUUAAGCUCUCAAGAAAUAAAAGUUUGGACUAAUUAGACUAUUUUCUAUUAACUGAAUCAUAGCUUGACGACCGUUGAGACUUCAACAGAACCGACAUUGUUCUUGAUCAGCUUGAAACAAAACAUCGCAGUCUUGAGCUUUAGAACUUUGCACAGGGUUCUUUUUCAUUUUUUUGCGAUGUAAUGUUUUGGAAACACUUUAUAGUAAGUUCUGAGUUGUUAGUUAAUGCAUUAGCUAACAUAAAAUAACAAUGAAUUUUACAGCAUUUAUCAAUCUUGGUGUGUUUGUGCGUUUUUAUUCUAAUUAUAUAACUAUGUUUUUUUUAAAUAAUUGAAUAAAUU